AUGCCGCUCAACGACAGCCAAGUCAGCACUUUCCAGGCUGGCACAGGCAUCGCCAGGAAGCGCGGCCUACCUUACGCUCGGAACGACCAUGGUUCGCCGCUUCAAUCAUCUCAGACUCAGUCUGCUUACAACGGUGGGAUCAACUUCUACAUCUCUGAACCGCGUCCGGCUCGGCUCUUUCCAACUCCCGUCCAUGAGUUCAGAAAGGGAAAGUACGCUACAACUGGUGGCGACCGCGGCUUCAUGACCGUAUUCGAGUACGACGUUCGAGGUCAUACUAUGAUGAUUGACGUCGAUACCUCCUUUGUCCGAUUCACAUCCAUCACACAAGCCUUGGGCAAGAACAAGGUCAACUUCGGCCGCUUGGUCAGGACCUGUCCUGCUUUGGAGCCUCAUAUAUCGAAGUUGAAAGGUGGCUACCUCAGUAUUCAAGGCACGUGGCUACCGUACGAUCUGGCGAAGGAGCUCUCGCGCCGCAUCGCCUGGGAGAUUCGAGACCAUCUUGUGCCUCUGUUCGGGUACGAUUUUCCUUCCUCUUGUCUGCGACCUGACUCUGAGGGAUUCGGCCAGUUGGCCAUCGGUAUGUCGCAAAAGAGAGCGCGCAAGCGCCACAACAAUGGCGGGCCGCAUCAGACCUCGUGCUAUGGCCCAAGCCUUCCGAUUUCGGUGGUCGAUGGCCAGACCGUUGAGCACAAGACCAACGCCAGAAGCGGCAGUUUUCCCCACACUCUUCAGCAACCACCGCACACAGCCACCUUUCAGUACAGCAAGAGCUACGGACUCGACCGCCCGCAUUGGCACGGACAGGAAGCUGGAGUAGCUUCGGGCACCAUGGAUGGCGAGCUUGACCCCAUGAUGUGGCCUCCCACUCCUUCUGUUUGCGGCACCGGUUCAGGAGGGCUGCAAGUGCCCAGUGUUGCGCAGGGCGGACAGUACACAUCACCUUUUAUGGCGUUUCAAAGCAGUCCAGUCUUGUCAUCGCCGCCGUCGUCAAAUGCGUCGUCUGCUUCGGCGCAAAGCUACGCGGCGAGCUAUGGAUUGAUGGUGCCUCCGACCGUUCCUUCUUCGUCGCACGGUGCAGGCAACGGAGGUGGUCAAACAUGCAGCUCAGCAGCUUCAACAGCAGCCUUUGACUUUGCUCAUGCACCAUCGUCGCCUGACAAGACAAAGGUAAAGUCUGGAGCAGAGCGCGAUGUUUCGUCUUACGAGAACAACUACAUCUCUUCAUACGGCGAUGCCAGCAACCAGCUCGCGUCGUGGACCGAAUCUGGUCAUGCUUCUGCGUACAUGUCUUCUUCGCCCACGCCUCCGCCUCCGCCUCCGGCUGCGACUGCUCAAGCACCAACGUUCCACUUUGACGCUUGGCAGCAACAACAGCAGCCUUGCACUGCCUCGUCCAAGUGA